AUGAACUCGAAGAUAGAGACAAUCCGCGAGAGGGAAGCUUCUAGAAUUGCUCCUGAGUUAUUUGAGCAUGCUCGAAGUUUCCGGACAUCAUCUCUAUGCUGUGCCGAUUCGAGGGAUCACCAUGCCUUGCCCACGUCACUCUCAGACCCUGCUCUGGAUGCUUUUGCCCAGCUUGGUGCCUUUAGGCUGGAUGUAACGCGCUGUCUCAUUUCCGUAUUCGACCGGAAUCAUCAGUAUAUUGUCGCGGAGGCCACCAGGCAAUCUGUGCUUGCUCCCAGUCAUGGACAGACCGAGGAGAUCUGGCUGGGCGGUACGGCAAUAGCCCGCAGUCAUGGCAUAUGUGAACAUGUACUCGUUGCCCCCGAUGACAUUCAUGAUGACCCUUCCACUGCCAAGCUACCAGUUUCCGUCGUGCCGGAUCUUGCCGAAGACUCAAGAUUUUGCGAUCGCCCAUACAUCCAUGGUCCACCAUGUAAUCGAUUUUAUGCCGGCGUGCCACUCAAGGCAGGCAAAGUCAACAUUGGCGUCCUGUGCGUCUUUGACGAAAACCCUCGGGCUGGGCUGGACACGGUACAAAUCGAAUGUCUCCGUGGCCUUUCGCAGAUCAUCAUGGGUUAUCUACAGUUCAAAGAAUCAGCCACUGGCUUCAGACGAAGCGAACGCAUGGUUCGAGGGCUUGGAAGCUUUGUAGAAGGCAACACAUCAAUGACGGAUGUACAAAUUGGUGGAAGUCCUGCAGUGCUCCCAACCGCUAAUACUGAACAGGAUGCCGUCGCUCAACAGACAUCCAACUCACACAAUAGCCAGGAUAACACCUCAGAACGUAUCACCGAACCUAUACAACACCAAAGACCCUCGCCAGUGCCCCUGCAAACACCAUCUGGCUCGGGCAAUGAAUCAAGUGAUGUCAAAACUGUUUGUCCUCCAGAAAGCGGACAUACAAACUCGGCCACUUUCACGUCAGACACUUUGAGCUCCGCCCGAACAAUCAGUACUUUGGCACCCCCAGAUGAUCCACAAUUCAGAGAAACGAGAAGAGUCUUUAGUAGAGCCGCCAGCAUCAUCAGGGAGUCAUUGGAAGUGGAAGGGGUUCUUUUUCUCGAUGCAAGCGUCCGCUCGUACGGCGGCCUGAUUGAGGCAGAUGAGCAUCAAAGCCCCACCUCACUUCCAAGUCUUGCAGCGACAGGAGGUGAUCUGACCAAAGUGGAAGAACCCGGGCUGAGGACCUGCAAUACCUUGGGCUAUGCCACGAGCGUAUCCUCCAGUAUCGACAAGGCCCCGAUAAUCUCGCCGGAUAUUCGAGUCCCAGAAAAGUUACUAAGGGAACUUUUGAAACGUUAUCCGCUGGGAAGAGUCUUUCAUUUUGACGUGGAUGGCUCAAACCUAGACCUGUCCGAUGAAGAAAUUGAUCCACCAGAUACCGCAGAAACUGAACUUGGCCCACCGCCCGGCCGCAAACUAUCAGACGUCGAGGUCAAGAAACAGGAGGCUGAAUUGAUAGCCGCAAUAUUUCCCCAUGCCACAAGCGUAUCUCUGAUUCCCCUAUGGGACACACGUCGAGAGAGAUGGUUUGCCGGUUCAUUUGUCUGGACAACGACAGCUGCAAGAAGCCUCAAGGCUGAUGGAGAGACGAGCUACUUGCGUGCAUUUGCUUCGACCAUCAUGGCAGAGGUUGAUCGCGUGCAUGCGAGUAGUGCUGAGCAGAGCAAGAAUGACCUUCUCGGAUCGCUGAGUCAUGAGCUUCGAUCUCCAUUACAUGGAAUAGUGGCCGCUGUUGAGCUUCUUCAGGACACGGAGCUCGACGCCUUUCAGGGUGACUUGCUGCAAAAUAUGGAUGCAUGCGGACGAACCCUUCUCGAUGUGAUUGAUCACCUAUUGGAUCAUUCCAAGAUUAACCGACUCGCCAGGUAUGCAAAAGAGCAUGAUGGAGCAGCGCCAAAUGAAAGGCUAUCAGGGCUGAACAAAUAUCACUCAUUCCAGUCUCAAAUUGGCGCACUUUCUCAUCCCGUGGACUUGGACUCUUUGGUAGAGGAGACGGUUGAAAGCAUGUUUACGGCUCAUAGCUCUCAAACCUCUGCUGUGCUAUCACUAAGGCAUGGAGCCCCCAAUCAUGGGCUCUCGCAAAGACCAACCUUUACUCGGACGACAGAGACUCACAUACUUGAUGGUUUUGAUAUCGCCCCCGCUACGGUAGCUCAGCCCAGUGUUUCUGUGUAUCUUGAUAUUGACCACGACACGUCAUGGUACUGUCAGGUUGAGGCUGGUGCGAUUCGACGUAUCAUCAUGAACCUACUUGGAAAUUCAUUGAAAUUCACCAAGAGCGGGUUCAUAAUGGUGAGUAUGAAGCAAGAACAGUUCCGAACAAAACAUAGGAAAUACCAAACCCAGCUCGUACUCACCGUCUUGGAUUCAGGAAAAGGCAUAGGCCAUGAUUUUCUCCAACACCAUGCCUUUGAACCUUUCUCCCAGGAGGAUCCUCUCAGUCAGGGCACAGGACUUGGACUGAGUCUCAUUUCAGAAGUCUUGCGAGCAUUGGGUGGAACUAUUCGACUCGAGAGUCAGUUGGGACGUGGAACGCUUGCCACUGUUUGCGUGCCACUCAAAGCCUCUUGCGUAUUAUCAAAGCGCGACUCCCAGUUCGCGGAAAAUGUUACAGCUCUGAAAGGACUCCGAGUUUCCCUGAGCGGGUUAAAUACCGAAGCUGAAGCCGCUUGCAUCUCUAGCGGCAAACCUCCCAUUCAGCAUGACCUCAUGGAGACGGUCUGCCGCGAGUGGCUCCAUCUUGAACCAGUUGUGCAUGGGUCAGAAGAUAUUCGUCCAGACAUCAUUGUAUGCACCGACAUUGCCAUGCAUGACAAAUCGAUAGCCAAAGGUUUCAUGCCGCCGCCCGUGGUUAUAGUAUGUCAGAGCGCACAAGAAGCACACAGCCUAUCUUUGGAAUUCCGCCAAACAAGAAAAGGAGAAGCCUUCGAAUUCAUCUCUCAACCUGUUGGGCCUCGGAAGCUGGCCAAUGCAAUGAUAUUAGCUCUUGGUCGAUAUAAUGACGCCAAAGCUUCGGAUUUGGUCUAUGUCGAAGUACCUCGAGUCCAACCCAUGGGCGACAAUUCCAUGAUCACCCCCGAUUACACACCUGGUGUUGAGGUCCCGGGCAACCCCAGCUGGAUUCCAGAUCUUAUCCCUCCAACUUCCCAAGCAGCUGAGCUACUAGUUGUACCGCCCCACGAUACUGGAGUGUCAUUGACGUUACCUCUACGACAAAUUCUGAGCCAACCAAUCGUCGUGAAAGAUGGUUUAGCGACACCUGACCCCACUCGACCUCAGAUUCUUCUCGUGGACGAUAACAACAUCAAUCUACAAAUUCUCGUAUCGUUCAUGAAGAAGCUUAAAUACAACUACAAGACGGCUACAAACGGCCUCGAGGCUUUUGAAAUAUUUUCAGCAAAUCCCGAAUCCUUUAGCCAUAUUUUAAUGGAUAUUUCCAUGCCGGUCAUGGAUGGCCUCGAGUCUACGCGCAACAUCCGUGCACUGGAAGCGGCACAGCAACUGGCACCGACCAAGGUCAUCGCCCUGACAGGUCUAGUCUCUGCGGACGCGCAGCAGGAGGCUUUUGCCAGCGGUGUCGAUAUGUACAUGACGAAGCCUGUGCGCUUCAAAAACCUGUCCAGCGUGUUGAGCAGCGCCACCUCGCAGCAGAAGUAA